GGAAGCUUCAAACUCUGCCAAGCUGAAGUCGCUUCAAGUUCUAGAAACACCUCGAUCCGUGCGAAUUGCAGCCUUCUGCUCUCGUAAUAUCUAAUACAGGAGUACAUUGUAAACAAAUAGCACAUCACAUUAACUUACAUCUAUAGCAGCUUACCGAAAGCGCCAUACGCGCCGCACGAUGGCCAAGUUCGACGAGAAGGAUCCGCGAUGGCUCGUGCAGGACAUGGGAGAAAGCGGUCGUAAUGUGAACAACUGGCACUGGACGGAGCGGGACUGUACGGAAUGGUCCAAGCAGCGCCUGGGCGAGCUGCUGUCCGGCAUUCAGCUGACCGCGGCGCCCGCCGCCACCCGCACCGUGAAGCUGGAGUCCAUGACCGGUGACGCCUUCCUCAACACACGCAAGAACAAGUUGAUCCCCAGCUACGACCUAGAGGUCCGUGUGUCGUGGGCCGGCGAGCUGACGGACGGCGACGGCAAGGUGGUGGGCGGCGCCACUGGCAAGCUGCACCUGCCACACAUCGGAGAUGACAACCACGAUGAGGACCCCGAGAUCCGCAUCGUCACCGACACCAACUCAUCGGACGCGGAGCGGCUUAAGCAGGCCAUCCACUCGGCCGGCAAGAAGCCGGUGCUGGAGGCGGUGCACAGGUUUGUGGCGGAGCUGCGCGCCGGCGGCCCCGCGCUGGCGGAGGCCGAGGCGGAGGCGGCGGCCGGCGGCGCGGGGGCGGAUGGCGGCAAGCCCAAGUUAAGCAGCGCCGCGGAGGUGGAGCGGGAAAAGGCGGCCAAGGCGGCGAAGGAGAAGGCGGAGAAGGAGAAGUCCAAGGGCGGCGGCAAGAGCAUUUCCAUCACCGCCAAGUUUCACUGCCGGCCGCAGGACAUCUUCGAGUGCUUCACGGUUCAGGGCCGUGUGUGCGCCUUCACGCAGAGCCCCGCGGUGGUGCAGCCGGCCCCCGGCGGCUCCUUCUCCUGGUACGGCGGCAGCAUCAGCGGCUCCUUCACGGAGCUGGCGGCGCCCGGCCGCAUCGCCAUGACCUGGCGCUUCAACACCUGGCCCGAGGACUGCGCCUCCAAGGUGGUGAUCGACAUCACGGAGCCGGAGCCGGGCAACACGGUGGUCAAGAUCAGGCAGACCGAGGUGCCGCCCGCCGACAAGUUCGGGCACGAGGACACGGCGGAGUUCACGGAGCGCGGCUGGCACAGCCAGGUGCUGGACCGCAUACGGCACGUGUUCGGGUACGGCGCGUAGAGGUGUAGGUAGGGUGCACGGCCAUGGUGGACUGGUGGUGGACUGGUGGUGGAGGAGGUGACGUGAUAGUGGUGGCAUGGCGAUGGUGGCCAUGGCGUGGUGGUUGGUGGCAAUGGCGUGGCGGUGAUUGCUUGGUCGAAUAUCGUGUGGGGCUGGAUUGGAAGGCUUUGAGGGCAGGUGUUGUGGCAAGGGGCGCGCUUUGGUAGCAGGGCAGACGUGCGGCCGGGUGGGGCGAGGUGAGAGGCUGGCGAACUGCAUCAGCGAGCCCAACGGAAAGGACCUAGCGAGUUCGUGAGAGGACUUGAAGCUGAGUUGUCAGACAAGUCGAGAGCGACUGAGCGAGUUAGCUCGUUGGCUGGGUCCACGGGUUCGAACAUGUUCCGAAUGCGCACGCCCAGCGCGUUGUGCGUGUGCACUGUGCAAGUCUACAUGCCGCUGGCCUCGUAAACCAGUCCUGUGAU